CAAAAAAAAAUUAGAAGUAUUAUACGGAGUGCCAUAUAAUAAGCUAUCAAUUACAUUGAUAGAGCCAAGGAACGGGUUUUUAAAUAUCAUAGGAAUGCCGAGAUCCAUUAUUGAUCCAGAAUUCGCCAAAAGCCAAUUCAUACAGUUUAAUCAAUUGAAAGAUAUUCAUUUUGAUAAGAUAGUCAGUAACGACGACUCGAGUAUCAGCCAAGUCAGCCAGCAAAAUGAAAACUCGCAGAAUGGGUUUGAAUUGACUUACGUCCAAGGUAAAGUCACCUCAAUUGAUGAAACAACUGCACAAUAUCAAUUGAAUGAGUCGGACCAAACAGCCACUAUUCAUUUUGACCAAGUGGUUCUAGCAUCCGGCCGGGACCGAAAAUGGCCAAUCACUCCUCAAGCGUACAACUACCGCAAGUUCAUCGAGGAAAUGAAAGAGUUUCUGGCACAUUGCGGGAAGCAUGAUAUCAUCAGCGUAAUUGGAGCAGGUGGUGUUGGUCUUGAGGUUGCAGCAGAUAUAAAAAAACUAUUCCCGGCAAAAGCUGUCAACUUGAUCCACCCACACCCCAACUACCCACCAGAACCACUCAGCAUUGAGUUUAAGAAUCAAAUCCAUCAGUCUUUAACAAAAGCAGGAGUCAAUGUCAUAACCAAUACUCGAGUUAGCCACGAGGAGGCAAAUGGAGACUUGGUCACCACCACGGGAGAAACAAUCAAGUCAAGAUUCAACUAUUGGUGCAAUAGCCAUCGAAACAACACCCAAAUCCUACUGGACGAGUUGCAAAAAAAAUUCGUCAAUCAUCGUAACAACCUCUGGGUUAAUGAUCAUUUGCAAUUGAAGAAUCCACAAACAAACGAUACCUUACCCAACUUCUACGCCGCAGGAGACUUGGCCGAGCUCCCGGUGAUCAAGAGUGCUGGGUGGGCUAAUUUCAUGGGCACUUUGGCCAGCACAAACGUGAUUUCUUCGUUAUUCGAAGACAAGGUCGUCCAAUCCUUACCCCAAGACCUACUAUCCAAGAACCACAUGAUCGUGAUUGCCGGAGACGAAGACGUGAUCUCCGAGAUCAACGGCGAGGUUGUCUUGAACCUGCCCUAUUACGUCGACCAAUACAAGUCCUACUGUAUGGAAAAGGUCUUAUCCAUAUAUACUUGACCUUUUUUGCAGUAAUAAUACUGGCACUGUCCCCCCGCACAACAGAACACCCGUAAACCAACCAUUUCAUAACGUCUACACGUUGAUCGUAGAUCAAUUUGUUUGUACAGUGAGUUAAAUAUCCC